UUAAGCUACAUGCCAACGUGGGAACUUAAACACACUGAAUUGGUGCAGACAGGCUAGUGUGUUGGCCUUUGCAAACUUUUUUGGAAUGGCGUCGGUAGGUCGGCAAAACUUACAGGUGUGGAUGUUCUGGCUUCUCAUAGCAAGUUGUGGAGGUCUGAAAGAGGAUGACGUCUUAAAAUCUCCAAAGAAGGAAAUAUUCACUAGACGAGACUAUUCAAAUCAUGCAAAGAGUUCACCACAGCCAUCUAUUAAGCGGGUAGUAUACUACGGACAUUUAACAAUGGGAACUAAGAAAUUGAAUCUGUCUGCUGAGGGGAACCCCAUUGCCAAUGAUGCCGAGUUGUUCAGUGGAUCUUUUGGAGACAGUACUGAUUAUCAGUCCGACUCUUCCCAUGUGUUUAAGGGACCAGAAGGUGUUGCUGAAGGAGUUUUCAGUCAGAACAGGAGGACCCCUGCUGUAGACCGAUUACUGGGAAUGAAACCAAAGGUCGAAUGCGUUGAGAAUUCAAUGACACUCAAACUUCAUGGAGCGGCUCCUUUGGGGGUUCCUUUUCAUAUAGACAGAGGGAAUGCAUACCCUCUCUCAUUAUCAGAAAUGCCUUCGGUCUGUGGCUACACAAUGAGGAGGAGCUGGAGGGAUUUGGUUUUCAGUACACCAUACGAUGGCUGUUUUGUAGCUCAAAAGGAAUCCAUUUAUGUCUUACCUCUGGUUAUCUAUGGCAUACCUGUGAGAAUGGCCUGCCCAAGCGUUGCCCCAACCCCCCCUUCUGUGACUUGCCAUGCCAGUGGAAUGACUGUAAAAAUGGAAUCCUCUGCCUCUGUUAAAGAUGUUCAAGUGAAGGUCAACAGAAAAUGGGAGUCGCUGAUGAAGGUGUCCCCCCAGUGUGGCUUCAGUGUUGUAGAACAUCCUGAUGGAGUGAUUAUAUCUGUCAAGUAUUUGCCAUGUAUUGAAGAACAGGAUGGUAUGUUUACAUUUGAGGUAGCAGCUAAAGGAGACUUUAAAAUCUCUUGUCCAUCUCUGUCUUCUAUGCAUGCUAUGGCCACUGCUUGUCCUGAAUCCUCAAGCACCGCUUGCUCACCUACCUCGUUAGAUGGUCCCCUAAAUCUAUCCCAGACCCUAACAGAAUCUAUAACCUCUAGUCCUCCAUCAGACCAAUCAAAAUACCAAAAUGUUCAAUUUCCUUAUGUCUACAAUCCUGAAGGCGUUGUUGCAAUCCAUGAACCUGAAGUACCAGAAGUACCACAACUUCCACCAAGACCAGUUCUCCAACCUAUUCCGGCACCUCCAGACACAGUUUACCCUAAGAAACCAGCACCUGUUGAGAAUCCUUCCAAAAGCAUUCCCCCUCAUACCCCUGGACCUGUACAGUAUCCAGCACAAUUCCCUUUCUAUUCUUUCAAACCUGAAUUUUACCAGCCUGCUCCUAAGCCUGACGGUGUCUCUCCAAAGCCUGAGCUUUCAGAAGUACCACAGCUUCCAGAAAGACCAGUUCCCCAGACUACACGGGCACCUUUAGGCCCUGUUUACAUGGAGAAGCCAACACCUGUUGAGGAUCCUUCCAAAAACAUGCCUGAUCAAAACCCUGAACACAUGCAGUCUGCAGGAAAAUUCCCUUCCUAUUUUUUCGAACCUGGAUUUUACCCACCUGACCUUGUUCCUGCAAUUUCUGAACCUAAGCUUCCAGAAGUACCACAACAUCCACAAAGACCAGUUCUCCAAUCUACACCGGCACCAAAGAAGCCAGCACCUGUUAAGGGUCCACCUAAAAGCAUGCCUGAUAAACACCCUGAACACGGACAAUUCCCUUUCUAUUUUUUCAAACCUGGAUUUUACCCACCUGACCAUGUUCCUGCAAUCCCUGAAUCUGAUUAUCCAAAAGUACCAGAACUUCCACAAAGACCAGUAUCCCAACCUUCACUGGCACCUCUGGACCCAGUUUACCCUACAAAGCCAGCACCUGUUCAGGAUCCACCUAGAAGCAUGCCUGAUAAACACCCUGAACACGGACAAUUCCCUUUCUAUUUUUUCAAACCUGGAUUUUACCCACCUGACCAUGUUCCUGCAAUCCCUGAAUCUGAUUAUCCAAAAGUACCAGAACUUCCACAAAGACCAGUAUCCCAACCUUCACUGGCACCUCUGGACCCAGUUUACCCUACAAAGCCAGCACCUGUUCAGGAUCCACCUAGAAGCAUGCCUGAUAAACACCCUGAACACGGACAAUUCCCUUUCUAUUCUUUCAAACCUGAAUUUUGCCAGCCUGCUCCUAAGCCUGACUGUGUCUCUCCAAGCCCAAAGCCUGAGCUUUCAGAAGUACCACAGCUUCCAGAAAGACCAGUUCCCCAGGCUACACAGGCACCUUUAGGCCCUGUUUACAUGGAGAAGCCAACACCUGUUGAGGAUCCUUCCAAAAACAUGCCUGAUCAAAACCCUGAACACAUGCAGUCUGCAGGAAAAUUCCCUUUCUCUUUUUUCAAACCUGGAUUUUACCCACCUGACCAUGUUCCUGCAAUCUCUGAAUCUGAUUAUCCAAAAGUACCAGAACUUCCACGAAGACCAGUAUCCCAACCUUCACUGGCACCUCUGGACCCAGUUUACCCUACAAAGCCAGCACCUGUUCAGGAUCCACCUAGAAGCAUGCCUGAUAAACACCCUGAACACGGACAAUUCCCUUUCUAUUUUUUCAAACCUGGAUUUUACCCACCUGACCAUGUUCCUGCAAUCCCUGAAUCUGAUUAUCCAAAAGUACCAGAACUUCCACAAAGACCAGUAUCCCAACCUUCACUGGCACCUCUGGACCCAGUUUACCCUACAAAGCCAGCACCUGUUCAGGAUCCACCUAGAAGCAUGCCUGAUAAACACCCUGAACACGGACAAUUCCCUUUCUAUUUUUUCAAACCUGGAUUUUACCCACCUGACCAUGUUCCUGCAAUCCCUGAAUCUGAUUAUCCAAAAGUACCAGAACUUCCACAAAGACCAGUAUCCCAACCUUCACUGGCACCUCUGGACCCAGUUUACCCUACAAAGCCAGCACCUGUUCAGGAUCCACCUAGAAGCAUGCCUGAUAAAAACCCUGAACAUGGACAAUUCCCUUUUUAUUCUUUCAAACCUGAAUUUUGCCAGCCUGCUCCUAAGCCUGACUGUGUCUCUCCAAGCCCAAAGCCUGAGCUUUCAGAAGUACCACAGCUUCCAGAAAGACCAGUUCCCCAGGCUACACAGGCACCUUUAGGCCCUGUUUACAUGGAGAAGCCAACACCUGUUGAGGAUCCUUCCAAAAACAUGCCUGAUCAAAACCCUGAACACAUGCAGUCUGCAGGAAAAUUCCCUUUCUCUUUUUUCAAACCUGGAUUUUACCCACCUGACCAUGUUCCUGCAAUCUCUGAAUCUGAUUAUCCAAAAGUACCAGAACUUCCACGAAGACCAGUAUCCCAACCUUCACUGGCACCUCUGGACCCAGUUUACCCUACAAAGCCAGCACCUGUUCAGGAUCCACCUAGAAGCAUGCCUGAUAAACACCCUGAACAUGGACAAUUCCCUUUCUAUUUUUUCAAACCUGGAUUUUACCCACCUGACCAUGUUCCUGCAAUCCCUGAAUCUGAUUAUCCAAAAGUACCAGAACUUCCACAAAGACCAGUAUCCCAACCUUCACUGGCACCUCUGGACCCAGUUUACCCUACAAAGCCAGCACCUGUUCAGGAUCCACCUAGAAGCAUGCCUGAUAAACACCCUGAACACGGACAAUUCCCUUUCUAUUUUUUCAAACCUGGAUUUUACCCACCUGACCAUGUUCCUGCAAUCCCUGAAUCUGAUUAUCCAAAAGUACCAGAACUUCCACAAAGACCAGUAUCCCAACCUUCACUGGCACCUCUGGACCCAGUUUACCCUACAAAGCCAGCACCUGUUCAGGAUCCACCUAGAAGCAUGCCUGAUAAACACCCUGAACACGGACAAUUCCCUUUCUAUUUUUUCAAACCUGGAUUUUACCCACCUGACCAUGUUCCUGCAGUCCCUGAAUCUGAUUAUCAAGUACCAGAACUUCCAGGAAGACCAGUUCCCCAGACUACACGGGCACCUUUGGGCCCAUUUUAUCCAAAACGGCCAGUUAUUGUUGUGGAGCCUCCCCUUGCUCCCUCUGUGCCUGCACAUCCUCCCACAGAAGUUCCUAUUCAUCAUGUGCAUCAGCUCUAUCCCAUAGUAACACCUCCUACAAAACCAAAGAUGCCGAUCCCUCAAAGCCCUAGUCUUGUACCAAUCCCCACAUUACAAACAACAGAACCGGCAUCGGUACUCUCCUCGACCACUGCCCAAAAAACUGUAGUAGAUUCUCCACCAUCACCUUUGUUUGAUGCCAAUAUGCUGAAACCUCCUAAUCGUCUAUUUCAUCAAUCUACACACUGUCCCACUGUCUGUACUCUUGCCCAUUCCAACUGCUGUCCACUGGCCUUGUCCUUCCAUCAGCAUUUCCACCACCACAACCACUUUGCUCCUGCUCAAAACCAGGUGGUUCAGCCAGCAUCAGCAACUAGUGACAAGGAGCCUACCUAUAUCCAGCAACUCUCUUCUGCUGUGCUCGUGUCCAAACUCGAUCCAGCUGUGAAACCCAUUUCACCACAAGCCCAUCAGCUACCAACUUCUAAACUCCACAGCAAUCAACCGGUUAAAGAACCUCUGCCUUACCAGUGGGCAGAGGUUCACACCCCAGUGCAUUCUGCACUGUCUUUGAAUCUUCCUUUGGCUACCUCUGGGCUUGGUCCUCAAGCUGUUCCUACGAAGGUCGCUGGUAAUGGGAACCCAAAAUCAACCGUUAAACCUGGAAUAUUAAAUGUUCACCCUAAGAAUAUUGGGCCCUCCAAAAAAAAAUCCUCCCCUCAGAGCUCUAGCUCUGGUCUGAGUGGUGAAUAUUUUGCAACACAUGGAUCACCUCUGUCUUCUAAGCAUUACUGGAAACCGGUGAGGCCUCAUCAUACAUAUUGAAGAUCUACUGAAAGCCAGGUGUUUCUUAUAUUUCACAAGGCCAGUAUUCUACUCUGGAAAUUUGUCCUUUGUGGCCUACAUUUGAAUAUGGAGACCUUAUUCUCAUCAAUAAAAGCCUCAAAUCAUUUCA